UUUGGAAUAGCAGUUAGUAUUCACGGAAAUAUCGAGCACGAGUUUUGCUUCCCAUUUCCAGAGAAUAACAUCCACCGGAAACUGUAUCAAAGAUCGAUAGUCAUCUCCAACGAAGGGUUGAACAUUUGCCACCAACACAUUUUUCUCCCGCUAGAAAGGGUUAAUCAAAACAUUGAGAGUUGAUCCAAUUUCUCCAAGCUUGAGCAGACAUCAGCUUGAGGAUGGCAGAUAAAAUCAGUAGCGAGGACAUUGCCCGAUUGAUGGAGGCAUUUCACCUUCAGGAUGUUGAUCAAGAUGGUUUGAUCUCUACCAAACAACUAGGCGAAGUCCUACAUACAUUGGGCCAAAAUCCAACCGAAGCUGAACUUCAAGAUUUGGCAUAUGCUAUGGAUACCAACGAGAGUGGAACGAUCGACUUGCCGGAAUUCCUUCACAUGAUGGCCAUCAAAAUGGCUGAAGUCAACAUGGAAGAAGAGAUCUUAGAAGCAUUCAAGAUUUUUGACAAAGAUGGAAACGGCUUAAUCAGUUCAAGAGAAUUGAAGCACGUUAUGGCCAAUCUCGGCGAGUGCUUAUCGGAGGAUGAGGUCGAGGCCAUGAUCAAGGAAGCUGAUAGUGACGGAGAUGGCAGUAUCAACUACGCAGAGUUCUUCGUGAUGAUCAGCAAAUCGUUUGAACACGAGGGUGGGAAGUUCUCGUGAUGAGUUGAAACAAUACAAGUUUGGAAAAGUUCAAUUCUUU